AUGACCGCCCCUACGUGGUAUCCACCCGUAAAGUACACCAGCCGUCCCGUUGCCAUUCUCGGCGCAGGUGUCCUUGGGCGCAGAAUAGCCUGUAUCUGGGCAUCGGCGGGAUACAACGUGUACAUACGAGACCCUAGCGCACAGCAACGCGACGACUGUGUGGCAUACUUCGAUGAAAAUGUAGCCUCGUAUGCCCAGAAAACUGGAAAGGCUCCUGCCUCUAAUUCUUCAUCAUACAAGUCUUCUGAAAUGCUUGACAAGGUUUCAUCGGAAAGAAAGACUCAGAUCCUGAAUAUGCAUUACUACAUGCCUCCUGCAUGCAUGAUUGUGGAACUCAUGACGGAUGGCCACACGUCGCACCCGAUAUUCAAUUUCAUGGUUGAGCGGUCAAGGGAAGCGGCGACGCUACCGUUUGUUGCAAGGAAGGAAUCGACUGGCUUCAUUUUUAAUCGUCUCUGGGCCGCUGUCAAGCGUGAAGUCUUGACCAUUCUGGCCGAGGAUGUUUCCGUUCCUGAGGAAAUUGACUCGAUGUGGACUGAAAUGUUUCUUAAAGGUGGCUUGGCACCUUGCAGGACAAUGGACGAGGUCGGACUCGAUACAGUGGCAUUCAUCGAAGACCAUUAUGUUGCGGAACGUGGCUUGUCACCUGAGAAGACUGUUGACUUCUUGCAAAAGAAUUACCUAGACCAAGGCAAGUUGGGAAAUAAAUGCGCCAAAGGUGGUCUCUAUUCGCCAACGAACUUAACUUCCACCACCACCAAGAGUAAGUCGGAUGAGCCAAGGAUCCUGGUCUUGGAUAUCGGCCUGUCUGCAGCUAUUCCGACUACGACAUCUGGUGAGAUACUUGAGAUUUCUCCCGACGGGAAGAUUCAACGGGUUCUAGUUCGCAACCAGUCAUACCCCGAUGGCCUCGGGGUGGAUUAUGCAAGCGGGCGGAUAUUCUGGACCAACAUGGGCGUCCCAGGGAAGAAGGAUGGCUCUGUCCAAUCAGCUAACCUCGAUGGAACCGACGUCCGUAUUUUGGUUCCUCCCGGCACUAUUAACACUCCCAAGCAACUCGUGGUCGAGGGCACUGAGAAGAAGAUCUACUUCGCGGAUCGCGAAGGCCUUGGCAUAUUUCGUUGCAACUUCGACGGUUCCAAGCUAGAACUUUUAAUCAGGAAUGGCGACGCCGAAAAUCCAAAGGACCGAGAGGACGCCUUGAGAUGGUGUGUUGGUAUUGCUGUUUCCCCUAAAUUGGGGAAGUUCUACUGGACUCAGAAGGGGCCUUCAAAGGGCAACAAGGGACGCAUAUUUUCCGCCAACAUCGCAACUCCCGGUGGCCAAUCCGCCCCGUCUAGGAACGAUGUUGAAUGUCUCCUUGAUUUUCUGCCUGAGCCUAUCGAUCUUGAAGUAGAUGAAGAAACUGGCACGCUCUAUUGGACUGACCGUGGCGAACUUCCCUUUGGUAACUCCGUAAAUCGGGCUCGGCUAGAUAAUUCUGGCCGCCUGGUGAAGCCUGCUUCCCCCGGAAGAUAUGAAGUUCUCACUAGGAGUCUCAAGGAGGCGAUUGGCCUGAAGCUGGAUACCCAGAAUCGGCAUAUUUACCUGACUGACCUCGGCGGCAAUAUUUACCAGUGUGAUAUGGAUGGUAAGAAUAAGCGUGUACUUCACUCAGACGACUACCGAGCAUUCACUGGCAUCAGCAUCUUGUGA